AUGGUGAAGUUCCUCGGAGAAAUUGAUCCUCAGCUUUUUGAAGAUGAUGAUGAAGCAGAAAAUAUCAGCUACGAUGAACUCAAGAAGCGUAUGUGGAAGGAUCGAAUACGCUUGCAGAAACUCAAGGAAAAGCAUAACAGAGAAGAGGCAGAGUCUUCGUCGUCGUCGUCAGCAAAGCAAGAGGCGUCUCGUCGGAAAAAGAUGUCAAGGGCUCAAGAUUCCAUCCUCAAGUACAUGGUGAAGAUCAUGGAAGUCUGUAAAGCUCAAGGCUUCGUUUAUGGUAUUGUUCCUGAGAAAGGAAAGCCUGUCACCGGCUCCUCCGACAGCUUACGCGAGUGGUGGAAAGAAAAAGUCCGGUUCGAUCAGCAAGCUCCUCUUGCCAUUUCUAAAUACUUUCCAAUUUUUGAGCAACUGGCGCCGUUUGAUCCAAUUUCCCAUAUCCAUCUUCUUCAUGAUUUGCAAGAUACUACUUUGGGAUCUCUGCUUUCUGCACUCGUGCAACACUGUGUUCCUCCACAGAGGAGGUUUCCACUGGAGAAGGGGUUACCUCCUCCAUGGUGGCCUGAGAAAGGCGUCUCUUUGGAGCAUGAGCCGCCUCCUUAUAGGAAGCCCCAUGACCUCAAAAAGGCUUGGAAAGUGAGUGUCUUGGCUGCAGUCAUCAAGCACAUGUCUCCGAAUAUGGACAGGGUGAGAAGGCUGGUGAGGCGGUCCAAGUGUUUGCAAGACAAGAUGACGGCUAAGGAGACUGCAACAUGGUCUAAGGUUGUCGACCAAGAAGAAGCCCUGUUUCAACUCACUGAGAAAAGGCUCAAGAUUAAAGAAUAUGAAGAUGAAAAAGCAGAGGAAGAGGAAGCAGGGGCUAGUCUUAUGAAUAAUAGAGGUGAGAAAAGGAAGUGUGUGUUCGAUCAAGAUGCCCCAGUGAUUGAGAUGAAUGGCAAAGAUUUGUAUGAUCGUCAUCCCUCCAUUGAUACAAAUUUGGGAAGUUUACGUGAUUGGAUAACUAUGGAGCUAGCAAAGGCUGAUCAUAAGAAAAGCCAACUUGAGGGGUCUGUCAGUACUCCAAUGGGAGAUUAUGCAAGCUUCUGGGGAGGAGGGAUUGAAGAUGGAGCAUUUGAGAUGCUAAGAGAAAACAUUGGCUUGAAUCUAAAUCCAUUACAGGACAUCUUGCAUGAUCAACACUCAACUUCUGUUUGGGAUAUGGGAUAUGAAUGA